UUGGCUGAUCACCUGCAUUUCUCUGUUUUUGGAAGAGAUGGUCCUGGUUAUGAAACUUCUGUUCCUCACCUGCCUGUGGCCAACAGCAAUGCUACACAGUUCUCAAAGUCAGCAUCACCAUCUUCAUCAGCAAAACUUCUCAUUCCUGAGAAAGCACAACAGCAAACGGGAAAUUAAGAUGAGGAAACUUGACAGCACAAAAGUACGGCCGCUUAAAUCUGAGCAGCUUCUUCACAUACAGGACCAUGACUUUGCACUGAGACCUGGAUUUGGAGGGUCUCCAAUUCCUGUGGGCAUUGAUGUGCAGGUAGAAAGCAUUGACAGCAUAUCCGAAGUCGACAUGGACUUCACAAUGACUUUAUACCUCAGACAUUACUGGAAGGAUGAGAGACUUUCGUUUCCUAGUAACAAAAACAAAAGUAUGACUUUUGAUGGAAGACUGAUAAAAAAGAUCUGGGUACCUGAUGUGUUUUUUGUACACUCCAAAAGAUCUUUCAUCCACGAUACAACUGUGGAAAACGUCAUGCUGCGAGUAUACCCUGACGGCAACGUCCUCUUCAGUCUACGAAUAACAGUCUCUGCUAUGUGUUUCAUGGAUUUCAGUAGGUUUCCUCUGGACACUCAAAACUGUUCUUUAGAGCUGGAGAGCUAUGCAUACAAUGAAGAUGAUCUGAUGUUGUACUGGAAACAUGGAAACAAGUCCCUGAGCACAGAUGAGCACAUCUCCCUCUCGCAGUUUUUCAUCGAAGAAUUCAGUGCUUCCAGCGGCCUAGCCUUUUACAGCAGCACUGGUUGGUACAAUCGGCUUUUUAUAAACUUUGCGCUCCGGAGACACAUUUUCUUUUUUCUGCUACAGUCCUAUUUCCCUGCCAUGCUGAUGGUGAUGCUGUCUUGGGUUUCAUUUUGGAUUGACAGAAGAGCUGUUCCUGCCAGGGUGUCACUAGGUAUAACUACAGUGCUGACAAUGUCAACUAUCAUGACAGGAGUAAGUGCCUCAAUGCCUCAAGUGUCUUACAUAAAGGCUGUGGAUGUGUAUUUAUGGACCAGCUUCCUUUUUGUCUUCCUGUCUGUCAUCGAAUAUGCAGCAGUGAACUAUCUCACCACAAUUGAAGAGCGAAAUCAACUCCAAAAGAGGGGCAAGGCUUCAGGAAUGUAUAGUAUUGAUGCAGUGCAAGCAAUGGCUUUCGAUGGCUGCUUUCACGACACGGAUGUGGACAUGGAGCUGGCUGCUUUCUCAGAGCGCUGUGAGCAGGAUGAGAGUCGGGCACACGCAGCAGGUGUCUCCAGUACGGACACAACGCGCAUAAAGAGGAAGAGGUCUCUGAAGGGAAAUGUGGGCAGGAUUAUUUUGCAGAACAAUCAUGUUAUAGACACAUAUUCCAGGAUUAUAUUUCCCAGUGUGUAUAUUGUGUUCAAUGUUUUUUACUGGGGUUUGUACAUAUGAACAAAGCCACCGUAAGCUAGACACUACUUGUGUA